UUCACGGAUUGGGAUAAAUGCAGAGACCAAAUUUCCCUCACGGGAUCAAAAGAGUAUAUAUACUUAUAUACUAUAUAUACGUAUACGUGUGAUGUACAGUAUAUUCCAUGCAUUUGUAGGUAUUUGCAGAUUAAAUUGAAUUAAAUUGUUCAAUAACACUAUGGUGUAUAUGGUGACUAAACUAUGAUUUCUGUGAUCACGGUAAGGUGGACUGCGCCACCCAUGCAGUAUUAGAUUUUUUAAAAAGGCAUUUAGAACAUAUUUGAUGAUGGUGGAGGUUAUUGUCCAAUGUUUAUAACAACAUCAGUUGUAUUAAAUGGUUCUUAGAGUGUAGCCUGCAUAUUGUGAAUGUGGAUAAUACAAUGUGAUUUUUGAAUGUUAAAAGUGCCAUUGAUGAAUUAACUCUUUUGAGGUGGAUAAACUCUAAUAAGAGGUGGAUAAACUCUAUUUCUGAAAUUUCAGAGGUGGAUAAACUGCGUUUACUUGCGUUUAGCCUCCACUACAUCCUUGGCUAUUAUGCCAGGACAUCACAUCAAGUUUAAAAUGGCUGUGGUUGCUCUCUUGCAAAUAUCUCUGGCAAAUGCUUCUGACUCAGCUUGCAUAUCCACAGCCACCCUGUCUUACUCUAAUGGUCUCCUCCAUGGACACAUACUUAUACAACAAUCCUAUAUCCACCAUAUGAGAGUGCUAUGUGAAUGCACUUUGGCCAAACAAGUUCUGCGGGCUGAAUGUUGAACAUUUCCACAGCAGGAAAUUCUAAAGCCAAGCUGAUGCUGAUGCUGAUGCUGUCAUUGAGAUUGGCCUGUCUCUCCUCCACUGCUUUUCACACAGCUCUCAGCUCUCACACAAUCUGCCCUGUUUUAGCUCAAGAGAGAAAAGGUGUGAGAGAGAGAGAGAGAUAACUAUAGCAUCCUAUAAUUACCUCACUAUGCCAUCUUAACAUUCUAGCACAUGCUCCUCUUUCUCUCCUGCUCACCUCUAAUGCUAACGCCCCUGCAGGAUGUCACCUCUACGCAAUCUUAAACACAGUGGAGGGCUUCAUUUAGAAGGAUCUUGCAGAGACUUACAGGCAUUCGCUGAGGUGGAUUUAGCAGCACUUCCAGUUAUACGUCUUGCCUCUUUCGCUUUUUUUGUCAGACACAUGUACUAGACGUUCUUUCUGGAGGAGAGAAUUCAGUUGAACAAAUCUAAAUAGAAAAGAUGGCAUAGUGAUGGCCUGAGUCUAUUUAUUAUGUGCUUAACAGACCUCUCUAAUGGCGUUAUUUUGUUCAUAGUAAAAGGAUGCUAAAAUAUUUAAGCGGCAGAUUUGUGGGACUGUCUGUGAGAUAACAGCCAGAGGGAAAAGUACUGUAUGACAGAUCUUUCAUUGUGCCAGCAUUCACUUAAUAUUCUGUAGUUAAAAUGAUUAAGACAGCUAUGUUCUGACUAUCAUGAUGAGUGAAUGAUUAGUACCUGAGUUAAACGAAGGACAGGUGAUUUAUGAAGAACACAAUGCUGUUUUAGCAGACUUCAUCCAAACUCACUCUUGUGCAGUGUGGUGAUUUAGUGAUUGCAGGCCUUCUUGUGUGCGCUGUGUGAGAUAGCCUUUUUGGAACAAUGUACAGCCUCACUAAACAGUUAUAUAAUCCCCACACACCGCUGUUCCAAUCACAUACUAUUACCAGACUUAUGAAUUGGGUUAAUAGUUUCUAUUUGCCCUAUGUGGAGACUUACAAAUGCAGUCAUUACUGGGUAUAAUAGAAUACCAUUGUUUGUAUAUCCCCAUGCAAUUAUUUAUGACUAUUUCUGGGCAAAAAUCGCAAUAUCAGUAAAUGAAAAUACAGUCUUAGGCUUUAGGCUGAAAUACUAAUGCAAUUAUGUACCAUAAUUGGAUGUAAAUGUCAAAACAUUUUGUUUCACUGGUAAUAGACUGGGUUCUUUUUUCACCAAAAAUACUGGCUUGACUAAACUCAGACGGUUAGGAUGUACAGUGGUAAACUUUCAUUCCUUUCUCCUUUGGAGAGAGCUCCUUAUAGCACGAACGAUCUCCCUUCAUGUGCCAUUACAUACUAGGAUCAAUCUUUAUGAUAAUCUCAUUUCAUCACACAAAAAGAAGCCCUCUGUCAGAAACAGCAGCCUCUUGUUCUGUGUAAUCUUUCUCUCUCUCUCUCUCUCUCUCUCUCUCUCUCUCUCUCUCUCUCUCUCUCUCUCUCUCUCUCUCUCUCUCUCUCUCUCUCUCUCUCUCUCUCCUUCUGUCUCUUUUUGCCUUUUACCCCACAACCGCUCCCCCCACACCCCAUAUGGUGAUUGCUGUUGAAUUUUAAUGUUAAUUAUGCAGUGCGCCUUUGAUGUUUCUCUAAGAUUUUCAGCCCCUCGGUGCAGCGUAAGCACUUCCCUGUCUGCUGUGUGCCUCCCUCCACUCUCUCCUUCCCUCCAUCAUCCUCCUCCUCGUCCUCCCUCUCCUCCUCCCUCUCUCUUCUCUUUCACUCUCUACCUCCUCCCCCUUUUUUCUCUCACUCACUCUCUGGAUCCCAGUGCAUCAGGCGGAUUGAGGCUGAUUGGGAGCAUGCUUAUGGAAUUGAAUAUGGUGAUUUGCCCAGGUAUGGGAAUUGCACACAACAAGUCCGCUCUUUUUUCCCCACGAUUGCUGCUCCUGCUCCUGGAGGAGGCAGAUGCAGUGGCAGCCUCCUCCCUGCCCGCCUGCCUGACUGCCUGCCUGUCUUGAUACAACAUGGGGUGCAGUGCAGCUCCAACUGUAUGGAGAGAGUGUGUGUGUGUGUGUGUGUGUGUGUGUGUGUGUGUGUGUGUGUGUGUGUGUGUGUGUGUGUGUGUGUGUGUGUGUGUGUUAUUUUUUUGGCUUUUGGAGUCUAGUCUGGUUCUGGGGGAAUGCAUGGACUCGGCACAGAUGAUCUGAUACCCCCCUCCCCUUACAUCCCCCCUUCCGUGCUUGUGAGGGAGCCAAAGCUGCACACCCCCUCACUGUUUGUUCUCAAGGGAGCAGCGUCUGCAAAUAAUUGUGCUUUCAUGAUGCUGCAUUCCCUGCCUAUUAAGCCCCCACCUAUUAAACUUCUCAGGUGGUGGCCAGGCAGGCGAGCAAGCAACCCCCAUGGGCAUAUUUAUGAAAGUGCAUGGGAUGUGUGUGUGUAUGUGGGGUGCACUGCUCACCUCUGCUCUCUGCAGAAGACAUACUGCACACAUGUUAUGCAUAGAGAAAGGGAGAAAAAUGGAGCUCUAUUUUUGGAGUGGUCUGUUGGUUAGUUCCAAGAUGAAAAAGAUGAAAAAUCAUCCAAAUCGCUAGAAGGGAAUCUGAUGGAAAAUAAUUGUAUUGCCUUUGUUUUUUUUUUUAUUUUUUGUUUUUUAAUUGAGCUGUCAUCCCUUUUGGGCUAAAUUAAAAUGAAGAUAUGAUGCAGAAGAAGGAAACAACACUACCCAUGGGAUCUCAAUAUGUUGGGGAUUAGUGUGGGCACAGUCAAUGUUUUAGUGAUUAAGUACAAAUAGGCAGGGGGUAACAGUUGUUUUUGUUGCCUGUUGAUGUUACUUAAAAGGCUUUCCACUUUAUAAAUGCAUAAUUAUAUGAGUCUUCUGUUUAAUGCUAGGUAUUCAAAGGUUUUGCAUUUGUUUGAAGAUUAAGAUGUCCACGCAUGGCCCAGAGCCUCCACUGCACAGCGUAGUGUACUGCAUUUGAACUCUACUGAAUUUGCUUAAAGCUCUCUGCAGCCACCAGCCAUCUAUGAAACCUACCCAGUACAUUAGCACAAUCUCUUUUCUACAGCUUUCUUCUUUUGUUUCACAUAUUUCUCAAGACUUUUUUCAUGUAAAUGAAAAAAAAAAAACAGUUUUCUUCGACUGUGCAAAUGUAAUAAUUAUAGAUGUAUGUGUGUCUAAAUCUUGAUUGCGUGUGUGUGUGUGUGUGUGUGUGUGUGUGUGUGUGUGUGUGUGUGUGUGUGUGUGUGUGUGUGUGUGUGUGUGUGUGUACAUGCUGUGUGGUAUACAUGUUUGUUUGUAUACAAGCAUAUGGAUUCUUUUGGCCUCCUGGCCAAUCGUACACCCAGUGGGAAGGCGUGUAGGGAAAGCUCUGUCAGGGGCGGGCUUCUGGCUUGACAGGUUACUGCGAUCCAAACUAUAAUUAGUCCGUCACCCCUCUGCGGAAACCAAACCAGCUGACACUUCUAUUUCGGCCCCGUGGAUCCAGCCCUCCUGCCACGGCGGUGUCUUUUGUGUGCAGUUCACCCACGGUGUAAAUGGUGGGUGGGCUUCUGACACUGGUGCCACCUGCAAGCACCCCAGAGAGCCGCUCGAGCCAAGAUGGAGGCCGGUGGAGAGAUGGUGAUCCAGCUUCCCGGUCACUCCGGUUCGCCGGGCAGCGGGGAGGCGGUGGUGCUGCGGCACAAGGAGGUCCACCACUUCUUCUUUGUGCCCUUCAGGGAGCAGCCGAUCUACAGCACCCGCGCGCACGUCUUCCAGAUCGACCCCAGCACCAAGAAGAACUGGGUGCCCACCAGCAAGCACGCUGUCACCGUCUCCUACUUCUACGACAGCACCAGGAAUGUCUACAGAAUCAUCAGUCUGGAUGGCACUAAGGCAAUAAUAAACAGCACUAUCACCCCAAACAUGACUUUCACCAAGACGUCACAGAAGUUUGGCCAGUGGGCCGACAGCCGCGCCAACACAGUUUACGGUCUGGGCUUCUCCUCCGAGCGCCACCUGACAAAGUUCGCAGAUAAAUUUGCCGAGUAUAAGGAGGCGGCGCGGCUAGCUAAGGAGAAGUCCUUAGAGAAGAUGGAUCUGGCCAGCUCGCCCUCUCAGGAAUCAGCGCCAGGAGAAAUACAGUCACCUCUGACCCCUGAGAGCGUGAACGGCACCGGCGACGACGCGGCCAUGUCACCCCAAGACGUCCCUACCCCCAUCACCGAGUCACUGCCAGAGCCGUUACCGAUCACACAGUCUUUCACACACAGCCCAACAAUCACCAAGCACUGGGAGGCAGAGCUGGCAGCGCUGAAAGGCAACAAUGCCAAGCUGACGGCCGCCCUCCUCGAAUCCACAGCCAACGUCAAGCAGUGGAAACAACAGCUGGCAGCUUAUCAGGAGGAGGCCGAGAGGCUUCACAAAAGGGUGACAGAACUGGAGUGUAUGAGUGGCCAGACAAAUGUGAUCAAAUCCCAGAAGACUGAGCUAAAUCAAACAAUAGAGGAGCUGGAGUCCGCUUUAAAGGCUAAAGAAGAGGAAAUUGAGAGAUUGAAAGAAGAAGUGGACAGGACUAAGGAAAUUCAGGAACAGAAAGAUGCUCUUGCUCAAAAAUUACAGGAGACAGACCUGCGCAACAAGGAGCUGGAGGGGCAGCUGUCUGCCCUGGAGCAACGUCUUGACAACAGCCAGGUGGAACAGGAGACCUUCCGCAAGGACCUCAAGACACUGCUGGAGAUCCUGGACGGGAAGAUCUUCGAGUUGACCGAGCUGCGAGACAACCUGGCCAAGCUUAUUGAGAGCAGCAGCUAGAGCCGACUCCUCAGAGGAGCCAACCAACCAUCACUCAGAAACAUGGUCAUACAACACCCAAAACCAAUGUGUCACUAGGUGCAAGAUUUGACGGAGGUCCUGCCAUUUUUAUUUAUUGUUUUUUUUUGUGAAGAACUCUCCUCUUCGAAAAGAAUAUGAUUGCACCAAAUAUGCAGCACUCAAAAACAUAGGAUUAAAUUAGAGUAGAAUUUCCCUAAUGGGCACUUGCCUUUCUACCUGUGCCCUUAUACUCUUCUAGACUAUCCAAUCUUUACCACUCUUUAUUCAGUCUUUAAACUUUACUCUACCCUUUUUGUGUCUUCUCUUAAUCAAUGCUAUCCAGUUGAUGCACUGUGCUUAAGAGUCUCAUUGGUGUUCGGGGAGAUGAAGUGAACUAAGCUGCUAUGGAAAUGUAUCAAUGGCUGACUGUGAAGUGUGAACCUCUUCAGUGACAUAGUUCUCACGAUCCCAGAGCCGCGUGUUGUAGCCAGACUUGAUCGGCUUGCUCUGACUCUGCUGACCUUCAAGAGCUGCCUCGUUGUUCUUUUUUGAAAAGGCAGAGGGCAAUAAGUCGCCAAUGCAUCGCAACUUCCGGAAGGGUCACCUUUACCAUGAAAUGUGGACACGAGGUGCAACACAGGCCUGUAUGUUCCGAGCAAUACCAAGUGGGGCCUCAGAUCCAUUGUUUUAGUUUGAGUUGUCAAGUGUUCAGUUCCUGCGGUUACCUGCGCUGGGCCCACACAGGUGCGACUGAAUCAUUCAGACGGAUGACAGAAGGUAAAAAACAAUCUUCUUUUUCCCGUUUGUGUUUUUAUAUACAAACUAUAUUUAUACUGGACUCGUGCGGGUGAACCUGAUGUUAUUAUAUCUUUUUGCUGCUCUUGUGAAAGCAGUGGCGACAAUGGACUCUGCCAUUUUUGGACUCGCAUCUUAAUAUCAAAUAUCUUGAUCUUGAUUAUAAAAUGUAUUAAUGAAAGGUUCCAUUUGGUUACCUCAAAUAUUUAUUUUUUAGAAGUACAAUAUUAUGAACUGAAAGAUUUGAACAUUUGUAAUAGCAGUAAAUGAGAAUGGAUGUGACUGGAACUCGAUGGUGGAAGAAAUGGAUAAAGGUGUAAGUAUCAGAAAUGGAAAAAAAGAUUAUUCAGGAAAUAUAUCUAUGAUGAUGUUUACCAAAUAGGGUUUCCUGGAAAAUAAAAUUAAGCCAUUAACAAUGUAGAGAUAUCAUAACCCUGCUCUGUUUACUGUUGUUCAAUAUGAGAAAAAAAUAAAUGAAAGCACUUGUGGAUUGUAUUACAACUGAUAGUUGUGAAGAUUGGUUCAGUGAAACGUAUUGUAUUGAUUGUUAUAACAUAAUGUUGAAUUUACAGAUGUACAAAGGAAAUUAGUAUUCUCUUGGUUGUCAAAAAACUGAGACCACAUGGGAUGCAUCUCAAACAUGUCUUCUAUAUCUUGCUCCUUUCAAUAUAUAUUGCAUAGCCUAUUGUUCAUCUAUAAUGCACACAACUGCAUUUAUAGUGCAUCAUAAGGCAGUCACUCUGCAUCAUUACAGAUUAUUAUAAAUUCCAACUGCUCCACCCUAAUAAUUAUAAUCAUACUCAUGGUAACCAGUUAUUCCAGUCGCAUUCUAAUGUAGUACAAUGCGCUUCCUUUAUGAUGUAUUAUGGAUGUGUGCUUCACUGAGAGAAAGUGGCUCCUCCAUCUUGCUCCAAGGCCAACUCCCAGUCGUGCGUAAACGUUUCUCACAGAGUCUGAAUCGGUGAUGCUACAUCGGAUAACAUUUAGCUGAGUUUCAAAGCAUUUGUUUUUUAAAAGGUCAUUACAGAUUACAUUAGGCUAUUCUUUUUGGGAGAGCACAGGAGAGCCGCAUUAGCCAGAGG